UUUUUCCUGUGAGAAAGCUUGGGGUCAUUAAAAGCUAUACACAAUUUUCCCAAAGGCAAUGUACCCUAUUUCUUCCGCCUAUUUGGUGAACUGGCCCAUUAACAAAUCUGAGGGUUUGCCCAAGGUAUAUGUAAUGAUGGAUCAGCAAUAUGGACUGUCCAAUCAAUUGAAUGGCUUCUUAAUGGUUUCUUCUGAACAACAGGUGUGCUUCAUCCACUUGUUUUUUUCCUAACUGUGUGGAUAGUCAGUCCCAAGCUUCGGAAGUGACUAUCUUGUUUAGAGUGGGGGAGGAGGUCUGACAAGAUGCUUAAAGACUCAAUGCACUCAGGCAAAGGUUACCUGCAUAUGGGUGACUUUUAGAAGACUUCAUCAUCUGUAAGAAAUCACUUCUACUUGGACCCUGUGCUUCAUGAUAUGGCAAACACCUUAGGGCAGGUCAAAGUCUUCCGUGCUCUGUAUACAUUUGAACCGAGAACUCCUGAUGAAUUGUACUUUGAAGAAGGUGAUAUUAUCUACAUUUCUGACAUGAGUGAUACCAACUGGUGGAAAGGGACUUCAAAGGGCAGGACUGGACUUAUUCCAAGCAACUAUGUGGCUGAACAAGCAGAGUCCAUUGAUAACCCACUUCAUGAAGCUGCCAAAAGAGGCAACUUGAGCUGGUUGAGAGAAUGCUUGGAUAACAGAGUUGGCGUCAAUGGCUUAGACAAAGCUGGAAGCACUGCUCUGUACUGGGCUUGUCAUGGAGGUCACAAAGAUGUAGUGGAGGUGUUAUUUACCCAACCAAAUAUUGAGCUUAAUCAACAGAAUAAGUUGGGGGACACAGCUUUGCAUGCUGCCUCCUGGAAGGGUUAUGCUGACAUUGUAGAGAUGCUUCUGGCAAAAGGUGCUAGGACAGACUUGAGAAAUAAUGAGAAGAAGCUGGCUCUGGACAUGGCAACCAAUGCUGCCUGUGCUGCUCUGCUUAAGAAGAAGCAAGGAACAGACGUGAUUCGGACGUUAAGCAAUGCAGAAGAUUAUCUUGAUGAUGAAGAUUCAGACUAAUACCCGCCCCAGAGUGUUUGAGAUCUGAAACCUCUGCUGUCAAGGCCAUUAAAAAAAAUACCCUAUCUUUGCCAGAAGAGUGUUGGUAAUUGUAAAAAGGAGAUGUGAGAAAGGCAGUGUUGUGUUGGAACAGAAUUUGUACAUGUAUUGUCUUCACUUUAAUUUUGCCAAUAAGUCACUAGAUUCCUCUGCUGUAUAAAAUGCAUUUAUGUUCACCAAAUUAGCACAAGAGAGAAUAAUUUUUAUUUAUCCUGCUUAAGAAAUUAAAACCUUUUUUUUUUGCUUAAUAAUGAAAACUCGGGGGUGGAUAUAUAUAUAUAUAUUUUUAAGUUUGUAAUUUACCUCAGAGUUGAAGUAUUUUGAAUGGAUUUUAGAAGGAGAAAUGCUUGUUAUAAACAGAAACCAAAAAUAUCUCUUUAGAAAGCUGUCGGUUAUUCUGACAGAAAUAAAUAUUUUAUGACACUUUA